AUGUCCAACAUGGCCUUGCCUACACCGAAAAUCGUACCCAAGGCCUCUGCGCUCUUCUUGCCGUACGAGAUCGAACUCUACCAACGCUGGCGCAAGUCCGCCUUUGGUAUCGCUGUUCAAAACGAUGAUGACGUCCUCCUACCCACCGCGUUUGAGUACAUGGACUUUCUGGAGUGGCGCGCUAGACAAUGCGCGAACCUCGAUGAGACUCCAGAAGCGGAGAGAAAGUCGCCAGAUCCAUCAUUUGCGGGAUACAUACUAGCAAAGCGAUGUGGACACCCUCUACAUCCUGGAGAUCCACGUCCAGAUGCUCUAAGACAACCAAAGGACGAAGUAGAGGAGGAAGGCGAGGAACAGGAUACGAUUGCUUGGUGUUCGAUGUGUCUUUUGCAGAUUCAUCUCAAGCUGCUUGCCGAGUUAUGGGAUAAGUGGUUGAACUCCGGCGGCCCGUGGCGUGUCUUACGUCCCGGCUCCACAGCGGAUGGCUGGCAGAUUGCCAAGCGAGCAUACUAUAUGCGGAAGACCAACCUAGUCAACGAUGUCGAUAACUUGGAGGAUAUCGCGCGAUUAGAAGAUGCCUGGGAGGCUGCGCAUCCCGCUGCGGACGUGGAGGUCGUUCGUGCGUAUAGCGCCAAGACGGCAGUGGAUGUGUAUGCGAAGGGUGUUCAGUUUCCUGCACGUGUAGCAGAGCCUGAUGAAGUAGCUCCCCGAACACCAGCAGGCAAGGAACGAAAGAAGCGCCUCUCGUACUCACCAGACACACCGGAGGAUACUCGUCAUCGCUCUAGUGCUGUUUUCGCUCGACGCUGCCUUGCCUACGACCCUGAGUCACCUCAUCGAUGUCCUGAAGAGGAAGGAUGGGCUGAGACCUCUUUCAAGAACAGCUGGGAGUAUAAUGUACGGCAAUGUCGCACCCUGCUAUGCAACAAAUCGCCCAAUGAACCGGACGUCACUUACCGCGAACUCGCCGACGAAGCUUCAAAAGAUAACCUCAUCAACGGCAUCGAAGAAUGGCUCGGCAAAAUGCAUGAUGAUUGGAAGCAGCCCUGGGUUGACAUUUUACUGGCUACAACUGAAAUGUUUCUUGUCUGGCAAGAUCCGCGUCACGACGACGAUGCUGACACGGAUUUCAACAACUGGGACAGGACUGAGACAGUCGUGGGCACCAACCUGGAAGCUUAUGCGCGGCAAAUUGGCGAUAUCGACGAGGAGGAUGAGACGGAGCUUGUACAAGGAGAGGUGACAGAAGACUUCUUCGACCAGGAUUCCGUUGCAUCUGACUCCGACUCCGACUCCGACUCAGAUGAAGACGAAGACGAGCUCCCUGAUCCGAUGGAUCUAGAAGAGGAUGAGGAAGUAGCCAUCAGUGUAGAUGAAUAG